UUUGUAUAUGAAGAACACACCAAUGUCAACUGGAAUAGCUACCCGAGCAAGUCAGAGAGAGGAAGGACAGUUUUGCCUAACUUAUUUGUUCAGCUUUUGUUGUGAUAUAUUAAAUUCACAAUGGGGGACAAUGAAGAAGUGGAACCCAUGGACACAUCAGAAACCCCAUUGUUUUGGUAUUACCUGGGAGACUGUGGAAGGUGGCACAGAUUUGAGAAUCACCCUGAUAACCCGCUUAGAAGUGAGGAUAUGGAAAAAUAUUUUGGAAGAGACUCAAAAGGGGUGUUUAAAGGAUUGUCAUCCGAUCAUCACAUCAAGAUUGAUUUCUCAGCAAUGAUACGGACUGAUGUCGCCACAGGAAGGCAAAUACGUGUCCAACGGGGCUACAACAUUGAAAGAGGGUAAAGGAGAUUUCAAACACAUUAGAAUAAAAGAUUUACACUCACAACAGUGAGUCAGUCAUAGAUAUGUCAGUUUAGUUUCUUGAGUAAUG